AUGUUGUCUAUGUUCAGAACACGUUUACCUCUAGUUUCAUCCUUUUCAUUUUCAAAAAACUUUGUUAGAAACUAUGCCUCAGAACCUAUCAAGCAUACUCUUCCUGAAGACACAUACAAAGGAUAUGAAUGUGAACCUCCGUCUUUAGAAAUUCAAACAACAAAAGAGGAAAUAGUUCACAUGUACAAGCAAAUGGUAAUAAUGCGUAGAAUGGAAGUUACUGCCGAUGGUCUAUAUAAAUCAAAAUUGAUUAGAGGUUUUUGUCACUUAUGUACAGGCCAAGAAGCAGUAUCUGUUGGUAUGGAAGCAGCUAUGACACCGGAAGAUGCAAUUAUAACUGCUUAUCGAUGUCAUGGUUAUACAUUGGUAAGAGGUGCAACACCUCAUCAAAUUCUUUCAGAGCUUACGGGUCGUAAAACCGGCAUUUCAAAAGGAAAAGGUGGUUCUAUGCAUAUGUUUGCAAAAAAUUUUUAUGGUGGUAAUGGAAUUGUACCUGUCGGUGCGGGCAUAGCAUUUACACAAAAAUAUAACAAUACCAAUAAUGCCACAUUUAUUUUAUAUGGAGAUGGUGCAGCUAAUCAAGGACAAGUUUUUGAAGCUUACAAUAUGUCCAAAUUAUGGGAUUUACCAGCCAUUUUUGUAUGUGAAAACAAUUUUUAUGGAAUGGGAACGUCUGCUAGCCGAGGUUCUGCAAAUACACAAUAUUAUACUCGUGGACAAUAUAUUCCUGGUAUUAGGGUUAAUGGUAUGGAUGCAAUUGCAAUUAAAAAUGCAUGUUCGUGGGCUAAAAAUUGGGUUGUUUCUGAAAAAGGACCCUUAGUGAUGGAGAUGGUUACUUAUCGUUACGGUGGUCAUUCUAUGUCAGAUCCUGGUACAACUUAUAGAACAAGAGAAGAAAUUCAACAUAUGAGGAGUAAAAAUGAUCCGAUUACCAAAUUGAAGGAGUUCAUAAUAGAUUUAGGCCUUCUUACAGAAACAGAACUUAAGCAAAUUGAAAAAGAAGCACGCACAAUUCUUGAAGAUGCAUCUAAAAAAGCUCAAAGUGACCCGUUACCUGAUGAAUCAGAAUUGUAUACUAAUGUAUACGUUAAAGGAUCAAACCCACCUUCUAUACGUGGCAGAGAAAGAGAAGAAUUUGGAAUUGUAGAAUAA